AUGAGUCGCGUGGAUCACACCUCAGCUGACGUUGAUACUUGUGAUGGUAGUGAUGCUGACGACUGUGAGAUGGCGUCGACGAUGAAGACCAUGAUGGUUGUUGACAUGAGGAUGACGGUAAUGACCACGAAGGUGCGCGACAAGUGGCGCCUGGAUGUGACCAUAAGCUGUGUGAACGAGCGGCCGAUCAUAAUGACCGUUCGCACAAGGGGAGGCGUGGUUCUUCUGGACGGAAAGCAUCCCCAACAUUUCCUUGGACAUCUGACAGGGACAGAGUCGCUGGCGUGGCACUUCCUCCCCACGCAGGAUGCGAGAUGGCUGUUCUCUGUCUUCUUCGCUUGGCUGGUCUACUCAAGUGCAAAGCGGCUGAACCUGCACAGCCACAGCAGCAGAUCCUCUCUCACGGGCGAAGUUCGAGACUCCGUGCGGGAUGUGCAGGCAGAACUUCAGGCGCAGACUGCCCCGCAGCCGCAUCCAGCACCUGAGCGACCGAGGCUAGAAAUCCAAACCGAUAGCCCGAACUUGUCUCGGCAAACCUCCGCGAACUCCCUGAAGAGCUUCAACGAGGAAACUCGCUUGGAGCAGAAGGAGACUCGCUUGGUCACGGAGGCUGUAGAAGCUGCCCGGCUGGGUUCGCGCCCGGUGUCAGUGUCCCGGCUCGGCCCGAGCAGGUUCCAGAUUGCUGGCCGUGAAGUUGCCGUGCAGAUCCGAAAUGACCAGGUGCUGGUCCAGCAGGGGCAGGUUUUCGUGCCUAUGGCGAAGUACCUCAGUACCAUCGGCCUGCUUGGAGGCACAGCGAAUGGUAGCGCGACGCCCCGAGGCUCUGGCAGUGGUGGCGGGACACCCCGAAGCUCAGUUGCCCCUGCCGCCAGCGAAGCGCAAAGCCCUCAAGGCGCCACUACACCUCGAAGUUCGACGGGGUCGAGGACUAUGCCGGUGCCAGCGAGCAGCCCGAAGGCUGCAACUCCCAAGGCAACUCCAAAAUCUUCCCCCCCGAAAGCCACGCCGCCGAAAGCUGCGGCACCAGCCAGCCCCAAACCCAAGUCCCAGUCCCUGGCCAUUCCGAACCUCAAGGCACCCACCAAAGCUAAGGCCGCCAGCCCAAAGUCAGGCUCUCCCAUCGCGGCUAAAGUUGGGGCAGUCCCAAAGCCAGGCGCAGUCCCAGCUAAGCCUUGCCCACCCACCCCACGCUCAGCCCUCACCCCUCGGCCUGUUGCACCAGCCCCUGCCAGCGGCCCGAGCCCAAAGCCCGUAGGUAACCCCAAGCCUGCCGCAAGCCCACGCACCGCGCUAGCGAAAGCCCUGGCUGCCAAAGCACAACCGAAGCCCGGAGGCUACGGCCUCGCUGCCACACGGUGA